UGAUGAUGCUUAUAUCUGCGAAAGUAAAUGGUGCCACACCGUUGGUGAUUGCCUGCCGAAAUGGCCAUUACAAUAUAGUAGAGUAUUUGCUAAAGCAGCAUGCCAAUGUUGAGCAAGUAGGAUCAGUGAGUUUCGAUGGAGAACCAAUUGAAGACGCGCCACCGCUAUGGUGUGCCGCAGCUGCGGGUCAUUAUGGUAUCGUGAAACUGCUGGUACAUCAUGGGGCUAAUGUAAAUAGCACGACACGCACAAAAUCAACGCCACUGCGAGCAGCUUGUUUCGAUGGGCACUUCGACAUCGUCAAGUUUCUUGUGAACAACGGUGCAGAUUUUGAAGUGGCCAACCGACACGGACAUACAUGUCUAAUGAUAGCUUGCUACAAGGGCCACUAUAAGAUCGCGCAGUAUCUACUAUCACUGAAUGCCGAUGUGAAUCGGUGCAGUAUAAAGGGGAAUACGGCCUUGCAUGACUGCGCGGAAUCUGGUUCGCUGGAGAUUUUGCAACUGUUGCUGAAGCAUGGUGCAACAAUGGAUGUCGAUUAUUAUGGUAUGACACCUCUGUUGGCUGCCAGCGUGACUGGGCAUUUGCCAAUUGUGGAACACCUUAUUACUUUACGCUGUGUCAGUCGAAAAAGUAGAAUCGAUGCCUUGGAACUUUUAGGUGCAACUUAUGUGGAUAAAAAACGUGAUAUGAUCAGUGCUUUGUCACUGUGGCGGCGCGCAAUGGAAGACCGAAAUCAGGAACCAAAAAUUCCAAAAGUUAUCGGUGAACCCAUUGCUGCUUACGAAUAUGUAUCGGAAGUGGCAACAAUAGAAGCGCUGGAAGAGUUGGUUUUGGAUCCCGAUGAAAUGCGAAUGCAAGCUUUGGUUAUACGACAAAGGAUCUUGGGGCCAACUCAUCCUGACACCAGCUACUACAUACGAUUCAGAGGUGCGCAUUAUGCGGAUGCCGGACGUUUUGAUCGUUGCAUUGAAUUAUGGACUUAUGCGCUGACGAUGCAGCAGAAAAUUCUUCAACCUCUUAGUCCAAUGACUCAAUCGUCUUUGCUAUCAUUUGCUGAGCUGUUUAGUUUUAUGUUAGUCGGCGGGCGUUUGUUACCCCGUGGCCGCAUUGUACCACCAAUCGAAGCUGCAGAUAUGUUGAUGAUAUUUAAUAAGGCUGUUUUAGAAGUCGAACGAGGCCUUGAAUGGAGCCUAGAACACGAAAAAAAUCCCGUUGCACCACCAACUAUGCAUGAUUGCAAUCACGAUCCGAAUGCUUUAAGCCGCGCCUUAGUAAGCGCUUUACAUAUUGGAUGUUUAUUGGCAUCACUUGAGGAAGACGAAAACUUCUGCCCAAAUAUGCGCAAACAAAUUUUAUAUUCUUUAUAUAAGUUGAAUCGGCUUAAAGUGUCUGUUCGAUCAGGACGAACUGCCUUGCACUACGCCUGUUAUCGAGAAGGCACCCUUGUUGGUCGCUAUCCUGCUUGCCAGUUUCCUUCACCAGCACUAGCGAAAGCUCUACUCGAAGUCGGAGCCAACCCGAAUGCUAGAGAUGACGCUGGAAACACGCCAUUACAUUUGGCUGCAACAGCGCAACCAUGUCCACGAGCAUUAACGAAAGUGCUUUUAAAAUAUGGGGUACAUCUGGAUGCAAAAAACGAUGCUGGUGAAACCUUCGAGUCACUGUUGAAUCCUACGAAAAUACAUGAAAUUGUAAAUCCACUGAAAUUCACUACUCUGGCAUGUUUAGCUGCGCGAACAAUACAAAAACAUCGAAUUAAGUAUGUUAAUAUCGUCCCUCCAUCGCUGUACACAUUUAUUGAAAUUCACUAAAUGCUGAGUGAGAGCUGUCAAAUAUGCCAGAAUGCUCAUAACGUGUUCAACUGUUCAGCGCAGGGCAGAGCAGAGUAAAUGAUCGCAGUUGUAAAUACUUUUGUGAUCGACGCGUGUUUUAAUAUUCUAUUGAAUUUUAUUUUUACGUGUAUAUUACUUAUCAAAACCUGUACGCGGAGAUAUUGAAGUUAUUAAUGCUAAUAUUGAUGCCCUUUCUUCCUGUUUGGCAUUUGCACUGAUAUAUGUAAUGUAAAACAAUAGCCUGCAACUCAUCCAAUGUCAAGCUUUAGUAAACCAGAAAUGAAUGAAAUUUAAUAUACAAUAUUGUACUGAUAUUCUAUGACAAACAGAACAAAUUCUGUGCAUUGACCAGAUUUUUCGUUUUACCUAGAGGCGUUUGAGUAAAACAGUGAUGCAAAAAGUAAGACAUUCAGCUUUAGUGAAUGAAAUAAAGAUGUUUGAGGAUAAAAGCAAGCAUAUAUACCAUACAUAGGCAUAUAGUAAAUAAAAGAAAAGGAAACGACUAAGCAAAUAAGUGUAACAAAAUAAAAUGCAUAAUCAGUAAUACAAUUCUUGAUAUACAUGUAUAGUAGCUUAGUUCAUUCGUAUAUAUUUUCAAUGCACUCAUAAAUACCAAACAGCUGCAAAAUAAUUAAUUUUAUAUUAAUCGCUCAGAGUGUAUGUACAUCAAAUCGAAAAUUUCAGUGAAUGUAGAACUCUACAAUUACAUACAUACAUAUAUCCUAUAGAUUAUCGAUCUUAAAAAAUAUACUUUUGUUUAACGACUAAUAAGAAGCGGGUUCUUUGUCGACUGUCUUUGCUGGCAACAUAGACGAAAAUGAAUUGAAAAUCAUUUGCAAUUCUUAUUAGUUAUAAAUGUUGGAGACUCAAACGUGUGAAUAGCUUGGCCCAUAAAUGUCAUGCUAACAAAAAUAAAUCAGAAUUAAGCAAUGCGAUAAAUAAAUAUGUAGCAUAAAAUAUAAGUAAGUUUGUAAAAAAGUCGACUUUGGCUCCUUUUUUAGUAUAAAGGGAGAGCAGGCUUUUGUAAGACGCGUGGAGAAAUACUUAAAAGUUGAUAUAAAUACCUUAAAUACAAAUAUUAAGUAGAGUAAUUUAAUACAAACACAAACAUUUUAAAAUCAUGAA